AUGGACUUUAGUAGUAGACCAGAAUCGUAUCAUUUUCAUUCAAUGUCACGUUCUUUAUCAAUAAUUCAAAUGAAAAGAAGAAGCACAUUGUCAUUUUACAGGAAUUCACGUUCUGCAAGCUUACCUCCAGACUUUCGAAUAAAUAUUAACUAUCAAGAACUUUUAGAAGCAUUUAACCAUUAUUAUACUUCAUUGCCUAUUACAAUUCAUCCAGAAAACAGUUUAAUUAUUAUGAAAGAUAUGUAUAAAUCAAGAAAAGAUAUGCCAACUAAGGUAAUUGCACCUGACGGUUAUAUACCAAAUUCAAAAGUUCGUCUCCAAUUAAAACCUGCAAAGCAAAUUAAGUCUUCUGAUGAAAAAAUCAUGGGGACAUUAUCAUCUAUAACCUCAAUGAAAGAUGUUUGUCUAUUAAAAGCUAUCAUGUCGAAUAAAUUACCUCUUGCAAUAGAAAAAGUACGAGCUGAAUUGGUUACUAGUGCAGCGAUAGAAGUUGAAGCCUUGGUAGAACAGCCUUGUGUUAAUAUUUAUGAAGAAGACAUUUUAGAAGAGGAUGAAACUGCACGAAUUGUAAAAACAGCUAAAAUGCAACAGAUUGCAAAACAACUUACCAAGCAAACAAUUCAACAACUUUUUGAAAAGAAAAUACAAGAAAACUUGGAAAGAAUUGAAGCUGAAAAACAAGCAUUAUUUGAAUAUAGACAAGAAAAAGAACAUGCUCUAGGUGAACAGGUGCAACAAAAAGAAGAAGAUUCUAUAGAUCGCUUUGGUCUAGGUGUUGAAAAGACAAUUGAAAGAAAAAAAGAAGAAGAGAGAAGUCGAACUUUGCCAGAUGAUAUGGUUGAGAAGUAUCUACAAGAAAUGACUGAACAAUGGGGUUCACUAAGCAAAGUUAUGGAUUUAUUUUAUGAUGCAGUUAAAAAGGAUGCCUCGAGUAUUGAAUCACUUGACAAAUAUUUUCGAUCUAGAAAUAUUCGGGUUGGUAUGAUUAACAGUAUUCUUAGUCCUACAUGGUUGUUUCGUUACUUAACUAAUGUAUUCGGUGGUCCACGAACACUACUCGAGCAUAUUGAGACAAUAUUAGAUCCAAAUACGACUAUAGGCGUUAUACACAGUGUAAGAACACAGUUUGCAGAAUUUCUUGGUGAUAAACAACGUCUCGAGGUAUUUUUGCAUUCAUUCCUUGAAACAAGGAAUAUACUACAAAAUUAUUUGACAAAGGAAGGACUAAGCAAAGAAGAAGCCAUUACUAUAAUUAAUGAAGCUAUUUGUGACAGUUUGGAUGCAAAAAAUAAAAUAAGACAGGCUCUACGUGUAACAGAUAUUCAAGAAUUGAUUGAAUCUGUUAAAAUGUGUGACAGUGAGAAAGUGACUAGGUUAGUUGAGGAGUCAAUGAAUGUAUCGAAAUCACUACCACGCAUAUCUGCAGCUAGCACAGACGCAGCUGAACGACAUUCAAAACGUAGAUCACAAGGUAUCACAGAUGCGAGACCUUCUACCACUCAAAAGCCUAUUGGAGCUGUUGAUGAUACCAAGCAUACACAAAAGAAAAAGUUACCAACUAUCCCUGCUCGCUUAGUGCAUGAUCGUAUUAAACAAGUGAAAAUAAAAACAACACCUAUUACUACACCAAUUCCAAGUGAAAAAGAUGUGCGUGAAGAAAGAAAAAGUAUCCGAAAAUCACUUGUAACUACUGAGAAAAAAGAAGAAGUGCCUGUUCCAAAAGAAGAUCAUAUAGUACAGGAAGCUAGUAAAAAGCCAACUACAAAACUGAAACAACCACACAAAGAGGAUCACGUGAGAAGUUCGACUAUCAGACAUCAUGAAAAACCAGCAGAAAUAUCUAAAAUAAGUGAAGCAAUGGUAAAAUCUAAGAAAAAACUAGGCAAGUCUAAAACAAUACCAGAAAUAACGAUUCAUGAGGUGGAAGAAGAGAAAUUUGAGCAAGAAUUACACUCGAAACACUCAGAAGAGGAAACAAAAGUAAUGAAGGAUGAAGAAGAAACAUACCUUUCCACUACAUUUGAUGAUAUUUUUGAAGAUAUUUUUGAAACAGAAGAGGAAGAAGAAGAGAGUGGUGAUUUUGUUGCUUCCGGUGAGGAGGCACGAGAGAAAAUAAAAGAGAAAGAAGAAGAAGAGGCAAAAACAGAGGAGGACGAGCUUUUUAAAUUCAAUGGCUUGCGGUUCGAAGCUGAUUUUGAAGAUCCAGCUUUAUUUUUUAAAGUUCCAUGGUGCAAUAUGCCUCUUCUUUUUCCACAAACUACUGAAAUAUUGCAGUUUGGAUUAAACAAGGCAUGCAUAGAACAAAUUAUAGGUUAUGCUGAAAAGCUUUUUGCAAAGUGUUAUCAGAUUAUAAAAGAAUCUAUAAAUGCCAAACAAAAAGCCAGGGAAAAUGCAUUUGUUUAUGGACUUUCUGCGCUAACAAUCUUGCAUAACUUUGGUAUUGUCGUAAAUGAUCAUCUGGAAUUAAUUGAGGAAGCAUUUCUUUCAUUUGAGGCAGUAGAAGAGGAACGUAUAGAAAAGAAACAUAAACCUGGAAAGAAGCACAAAAAAGAGUUAGAUUCAUCUGCAACCGAUGAAACAAUUGAUUCACAGUUAGAGUUUGAAGAUUUCUUAGAAACGGAGACAGAUGCAAAGACUAUAGAGUCUAAAAGACGUGUGAAACGUCCUCAUAAAGAAAAACCACCCGGUACACCUAAAACAAAGAAAGUAAAACGCAGGAAAUCACCUACAGAAUUAUCCCAAUCAGAAGAUACAUCAUCAUUAAAGCGACAAGCAAUUGAACCUUACAAGCGUACACGAAAAGCUGAAGAGAUGGAAGAAGGUAUUGAAAGUGAAAGUUUAGAGAAAGAUACGGUUUCAAAAGCGCAUAAGUUAACAAGCUUGAAAGCAGCAGUCAGAAAACACAUUGUACGUGAUCAGGAAAAAAGAGCCAAAGUAGAAAGAGAUGCUGUUACAGGACAGCUAAAAGUGCCUGCUAUACAACGAAAGUUAACACCUAAAGAGGAAAAAGAAAGAAUCCUAUCAAAACUAAAACAAUUUUUGAAUCAGCAAACCGAUGAGUUACACGCAACACCUGCUCCAUCUUUAAGCCUUGAAAAUCUUAUGUCAGUCCUGGAAGAUUCAAGUAAAUCAGUAAUGGCUGAGGAAAUUCUUUUAUUGUUGGCAAAGGAAUUUAACAUUGAUGCAAAUAAUCCAGAUGAAUUAAUAAAUCGAAUUAAAGAGCAAAUGGAUUCUGGAAAACAUACUGACAAAGUUACUCCAAUCAAUAAACUAUUCAAUUUGUUGAGUGUUUUGACUGGUGUUGACAAUUUUGAUGAUGAUAAAAGUACAGAUAUUGAGAACUUUUCACAGAUGAAUAUUCUUGAAAAAGCUGAAUUUUUACGUCAAAAAAAGAAAAUGAUCAAAGGACUAUGCGAUGAUAUUGAAGCUCAGUUAAAAUAUAAUCGAACAAAAAUAAGCGAAAUGUCAGCGUCAUCUAGAGCGAUUUGGUUUACAAUAGAGUCACAAGCUCAAUCAAACAAAGAAAUGUGUGAGAAAAUUGUAUUUUUAUAUGAGCAAAAUGCUAUCAGUUCACAAUUAGCUUCUGUUAUAGUUGAGGAUUUCAUACUAGAUAUCUUAGACGGAAUAGCAAUUCUAGAAAACGAAGAACUGCUUUUAGAUGACGAAGAGAAAAUAUUAUACGAAGAAAUUAAUGAUAAGCUUGAUAUAUUGAGUUUAUUCGGUCUUAAAUCAGAUGAUCUGAUGAAAAGAUUCGAGCCAACAUUAUUAUCAGGAGUUCAAAUUGAUGCAAGACGUUAUGGCUUACACGUGAAACUGCCGUCAUCUUAUGCCGAUUUAAUUGAAAGGAUAUUCUUAGCAAACUUUGUAACAUCACAAUUUCUUGAAGAUAUACCAAGACAACCAUUGGAAAAGAUGUAUGCAGGAAUAUACGCUGGACUCCACGAAGAAAUCAGCUGGGAAGAAAAGAUCAUUAGAAAGAGUCAUUUGGAACAAGAAGCAAAAAAGUCUGUAAUGACUCAAGACUUGUCGCUUAUCAAACAGACUUUUCAAGAACCAUGGAAAUAUUUGGAUAUGAAUUCACCACUUAUUCAAAUCAGUAAACAGCUGUCAAGAGGAAUAAGACAAGCGGCAGAUCGACUAGAUCAUAGAGCUAGUCUUAAGGAAACGGAAAGAGAUAUAAUGGCGUAUGAAACGACUAAAAUGCAAAUCAGUGGGAAACAGACUACACCUAAAGGCCUACAAAAAAAAGAAAUUGGUAUUAUGAAAAGGCCAUUAUUUCUGUUAGGUAAAGAAAGAGAAGAUGACUCUCGAAUGCGAAUGAAAGGUAAACAAUAUAUUCCAGAAAGUGUAACAGAGAACAUAUUUCCUGAUGAUGCAACAAUUUUCCCUGUCCGAAGUCAUGUAGGUGCGAUGAUGGAAGCUAGAAGUCAGUUACCUUUAAUUAUGGCCAAAGCACCUAAACAAUCUGGUCCAAUACAGCCAACAUCAUUCGCUGUCCGAUUUGCACAGAAACCGCCUAAAAGAAGAAUGUUAGGUAAAAGAGCAAAAGUUAUUCAGUCUCUAUCACCGAUAGAAUCAAGUCAAUAUUCUCCUCAGGAAAAAUUCACACCAGAUACUCAUAAACAAGUUGCAUUGAUGAGUUUAGAAGCCAAAUCAAGGAGUGAAUCAGCUUCAACACAUGAAGUAGAGGAACACACCUAUGAAGGAUUAAAAAAGGAUGGUAGGUAUAAAAUGGAAUUUAUUCCCCACAGUAUGAUUAAUCUAGAAGAAUCAGAAAGUCAAAUGGAACCUCCUUCUACCACUUCAUAUAUUCAAACUAGGACAUCUACUCCCACUUUUCAACAAGGACCCCAAGUUGUAUCUCCUGAAAGUUAUCGUGUUGCUCAACAUAAGAUUCAUGGAAUGUAUAAAACACUAAGCGAUGAGUCAAAGCAUACACUUUCCCAAGACAUUCGAACCUUGGAGUUAACUUAUCAAAGAGAUUCUGAAACGAAAACAAUCGAUGUAUGGACAUGGUUUGAUAAAAUACUGGCAUCCAAACCUGUCCCACUGUCAUCAACAGAAGGAAUGAUUAAAAAACAAAUACGUAAGAAGCGUAAAGCCUUAUUAUCAUCAUCAAAAACAAAGUAUAAAGAAGAUGAACAGUCAGAACAAACAGCAUCUGAAAUAGAAAAACCAGAUAGUGAAUCAACAGAAAGUUAUGAGAAAAUAUUCCAGCGUCGGUGUACUGGAUCAACUUUUGAUUUUACAGGAAAAUUCCGAAUACCAAAAUGGUUGGAACAAAGAUUAUAUGAAGAUCUUGGUAGUUCACUUUCUACAGGAAUCAAAAUUCAAGAGAAGGAUAUAUCUAACUUGCCAAUGAUUCCCACUAGAUCACAUGGUUCAAAGACUAAAAUGAAAAAGCCAAAAGAACCUUCGCCUGACAAAAUGAAGCAAUUUCGUAAUGAUUUGCAAAUAGCUGUGAGUCAUCUAAAGUACAUACUACACCCAGCACAGCUGACUCGCUUACUUAUCGAUAUCAAAAGUGAAAUUCCCACACUAGAAACAAUUAGACUAUUUGAAAAGCUAUUGGUACAGGCCGCUCAGAAAGCUCGAGAUUCAAAACACAUGGAAGAAGCCAGGACACAUGAACUACCAAGAUUAUCACAGAUCAAUUUGGAGCAACAACGAAAGACAUUCCAUCCUUCAUCGCUAACAGAUAUUGGACAAGAAAUACGCAGAAAACUUCAUUGCCGAUAUGAAACAUUGGCUAGGAAAGGAUAUCAAAAUUUAGGCCUGUCAAUUUCUGCACACAUCGCUAGAAUGGAACUUGUUGAAUAUAUGCAAAAAUCAAUUCAGCAGAGAGGUAAGUAUAAUAAAUUUCAUUUAAAAAUUAACUGUCUCUACUAUAUCUGGAAAUUACAAUUGUACUCCAAUUGUAAUACACUCUGUGAAGUUCACAGUCCAAUGACGACAAGUAUCUCUUCACUUUAG